GGAACGUACUGUACAGUAUGUACAGUACUGUACAUACGGUCGCGAUGCCUCAUGGAAGAUUGAUACUAGCUCUGGCUCUCACUGCAGUGGCAUGUGUCCGGAGAUGGACACUGACUCGAAUGAACGCUUUGCAAAACUCGCUUGGAGUGGCUGGAGUCCGAGAGCCGACAGCAUGCCUCCAUGUACACAUAUUACGGACAAGUACAGUACAUAUCAUACAUGCACCAGAAACAAGGCGGAGUGGAGGGGGUUGGCGACCCAAUAUUUCAGGGUUGAUGAGGGAGACGGAUGAUAUCCCAACACAUUGAUACAGGACGAUUGGGCAAAGAUAUUUGUACGAGGUGAGCUGGACGACAGGCGCUAUAGAUUGUAUGUCUAUGCGCCCUUACGUGCACAUGUAUCGCAUCACCUUUACACCUCGGGAAGGUACUGUAUAUUACGACCUGACAGACGUUCGGCAAAUAAUACUCGUCCGCCGGGUGUCGUUGAAGUCCUAUAAUUGCACACAAAACCACUAAACUCCUGCGGGAGUGAGAAGUAUCGAAAUAUCGCCAGCAGCCCACUCGCUCUGACCCUCAACUUCCUCCAGCGUGUUAUGCAUAUUGAAUGGCAGCUUACUGUACAUAUAUGCAGUAUGGUGGACGGAAGUGCUUGCCAGAGUGGUGUGUGGUGGGGGUUUGCCAGCCUUGCCCUCAAGGGGUCGUGCUGGGUCUCUGGGUCGCGUGCGUUGUGCCGAAUU